GCCAUGGAGGACUGCUCCAAGAGGAGCGCGGGCGCGGUGGCCGCCCUCCCCGACGAUGAUCUCCUCGUCGAGAUCCUCUCCCGCGUCCCUGCCAUGUCCGUCUGCCGGUUCAAGUGCGUGUCCAAGGCAUGGCGCGACCUCAUUGCUGAUCCCGGCCACCGCAAGAAGCUCCGCCAAGCCAUGAAAGGACUCUUCUUCAUGACUAUAGAGAAGGGCCGCUUCAGUUUCAGUUUGAUGGAUCUGACAGCAAGAUCCAUGCCUUUGGACGUUGACUCUGCCUUCUCCUUCUUGACGGAACGGCCUGGGAACCAUAACCUCAUCUUACUGGAUUCUUGCAACGGCCUUUUGCUCUUUGGGCACAGGGAGCCGCCGUACAGUAAAGAAGCAUCGGGCUAUAUUGUGUGCAAUCCAACCACAAAGCAAUGGGAAGCCGUGCCCUCUUGCGGCUCUCCUCGAGGAGUAAACCACACCUAUUUGGCUUUCGAUCCGGCAGUAUCCUCACACUUCCACUUGGUCCAAUUCCAAGAGACUGGCAGCAUGGACUUGAAGUUAACAUCGGUGCAGGCUUACUCAUCUGAAACUGGGAGCUGGAGUCAUCACAGCCAAACUGAGGAAGAAAAAGAGCAAGGACAAUUGGAAGGAUGGUGGAAUCAUGUCCAACUAUCUAUGAACAAUCGGCGCGCCUUUGUUAAUGGCUUCCUGCAUUUGAUAGUUUGCGGCUUGAAUACACGACAAAUAGCUGUUGUAGAUGUACAAGGAAGGGCAAGAAGGAUGAUCAGACUGCCACAUGUGGUUGUUGGUUAUUGGUGGAGACGGAAAUGUAUUUAUUUUGGUCAAUCCCAAGGGUAUCUGCAUUGCAUUACUAAAGAAAAAGUAUUUAAUUCUCAUGAAAAGGGACACAAACUCUCCAUCUGGGUUCUUCUGGAUUAUGAAGCACAAGAAUGGGUGCUCAAGGACACUGUUAGCUCUCUCCAGCUCUUUGGAGAAAAGUGUCACAGAAACAUCCUGGUGAACAGCGAGGUGGCUGACAUUCAUCUGGAUUGCAAUGUGAUUUUCUUUUUUUCACCCUGUGAACAUAAAUUCAUAGCAUAUGACAUGGACAGCAAGAAAGUGAGUGUUUUUGCCACUUCCAAAUGUAUAAGUAGGCUCAAGGUUGGUCGCUAUGUUCCCCAUUUCUCUGAAUCACCGGCGCCUCUCAAGUAAGCUUUGAAAGUGCCUGCUCUAAGUAUGAGCUGCUUGCGACUUGGUUAAAUCGUAGUAACCUCAGGUGAAGUGUUCUACCGGUGCUUGGACACAUUAUUCUCAUGAAGCCUG